AUGAUCACAUCAUGGAAUGUUAGGGGACUGAAUAAAGCAGGGAAAUUUAGGGAGAUCAGUUCCCGUCUCCACAACCUAAACCCUGCAAUUAUGAUCUUAAUUGAAACAAGAGUAAAGGAAAAAAAUGCUGAUAUGAUUAGAAACAAGAUGAAACUCAAAGGUAGCUACUUGGACAACUAUGAUAAGCAUGCGAAUGGGAGAAUUUGGAUUUGCUGGGAUGACAAUCGAAGGCAUAUUGAGUUAAUUGAUAGCACUGAUCAGUUUAUUCAUUGCAAAAUCAGAGAUGACAAAGGUGAUUUCAAGUAUUGGAUGAACGUCGUAUAUGCUCACAACCAACUGCAGCUGAGAAAGAAACUUUGGCAGGAUAUUCUGAAAAUUCACUCUAACCAACAGGGGCUGUGGAUGGUGAUUGGGGAUUUUAACAAUGUUGCUAAAGUGGAUGAUAGAAUUGGGGGUAGUAUGGUGACUGAGAAAGAGUAUGUGGAUUUGAUUGAUAUGAUGAAUCAGACUGGACUGUAUGAGAAGGAAAGCCAGGGUGAUUAUUUCACUUGGACAAAUAAACAAAAGGCAAAUGCCAUCUAUUCUAGAAUCGAUUGUUUGCUUGGUAACACAGAAUGGAUGCAACAGAAUGAGGAUGCUGAAUUAAUAGUUAUGAGCCCUAGUGUGUCUGAUCAUUCUAUGCUUGCCUUAAGCACCCCUGAUCCAAUACCACAGAAGCGUAGCAAGUUUAAAUUUUUAAACUACACUUCUGACUUGAAUGAUUUUACAGAGACUGUUAAGCUGAACUGGAACUUGCCGUUGAAUGGUAGACCAAUGUACGUAGUGUGGAAGAAGCUUCAAAGAUUACAGCCUGACCUUAAGAAGCUGACAAAGCCCCGGUCUGAUAUCACCCGAGAGAUUGCUCAAGCCAGAGUUGAUCUUGCCACGGCCCAGGAUGAACUUCUUACUGACAAAAUGAAUGGGGAAAAAAUUGUGAAGGUUCAAACAUGUACUGCAGCCCUGAUUCAAUGGCAGGAAUUGAAGGUAGUAUGA